AUGAGUGCGCAGCUUGAGGAAGAGCGGAAGGAGUAUGAGAGCCAGCUCGAGCUCGUUGUCGCGUCGCUUAAGGACGACCCCGACAAUGCCGAACUGUUAAACCUCAAGGGUGAGCUGGAACAGAUGAUUCGUCUCAUCGACGAUUCAAUCGCAGAGUUGAAGCCCAAGAAUGAACCCGCAAAGGCCCCGUCGAAGAAAGCUCCCUCGCCGGCGCCCGUCGAGCAAAAGUGGUCGAGAGAGAAUCACCCAGCCUUCAAGAAGGCCGCGCCCGCCGAGGAGAAGGAGAAGGAGAAAGAGCCGGAGAUUAUCACAUAUCAGGUCAACGACAAUGUGAUGGCGAAAUGGGUCUCGGGCGACAAGGGUUUCUACCCAGCCCGUAUCACUUCGGUGACUGGUUCGUCCACGGCACCCAUCUACACAGUCAAGUUCAAAAGCUAUGAUACAGUCGAGACGCUUCGUGCUAAGGAUAUUCGCCCGGUUGCUCAGAAGCGGAAGGCUGACGGCACUGCCGUCUCGACCAACAGCACUGCCAUCGGCGGCGCCACUGCCUCGACGACUGUGGCCAGCCCCUCCUCGCUCACUCCGACCGCAUCCAACAACGGCAUCGUCCUGUCUGCUGCAGCCGACAUGUACCCACAGGCGCAGGCCGCUAACAAGGCGGCCGUGGGCAACAACGACGAAAAGCCCCGUCCAAAGUUCAAAAAGAUCAAGGCAACAAAGGAACUUGAGGCGGGCAAAAACAAAUGGCAGGAGUUUACUUCCAAGGGCAAGGUCGGCAAAGCGGUCAAAAAGGAAAGCAUGUUUCGCACUCCAGAAGGCGCUCAUGGUCGGGUCGGCUUCACAGGCUCAGGCCAGCCUAUGCGCAAGGAUCCAACUAGAACCCGCCAUGUCUAUCAGCCCAAUGAAGAUCUGGACUAG